AUGAACGCAGCUCCCAAACCCAUCGAGGGCGUCGAAUGCGAGUUCCGCGGUCGAGUCGCGAUCAUCACGAUCAACAGGACCAAGAAGCUCGGAGCUCUUGCUCAAGAACAUUACUUCAACAUUGCCCGAUGGAUGCGGCACAUUGACUCCAGAGAGGAUGUCUUCAUCACAGUCCUUACYGGUACAGGACGAUUCUUCAGCGCAGGCGCAGAUGUAACAGUCUCAGGCAAAGACACCGGCGCGAAAGAUGACCAGUUCAGAAUCAACCUCCAGAACUUCGCGGCUUACAACCUCAACAUUACACACGCCUUCUACACGCACUCCAAGAUCCUGGUAACAGCACUUAAUGGCCCGGUGGUCGGUCUCAGUGCUGCCUUGAUUGGACACUCGGACUUCGUCUACGCCGCACCGCAUGCCUACCUCCUCUGCCCAUUUACAUCCCUAGGAUUGGUGGCUGAAGGUCUGGCAAGUCGUGCCAUGAAUUCUCGCUUGGGACCGGCGAGAGGAGCAGAGGCAUUGCUCAUGUCCAAGAGGAUCACAUGCCCGGAAUUGUUGCAGUGUGGAUUUGUGAACAAGGUGUUCGAGACCAAACCAGAAGAGCAUGAGAAGUUCUUGGGGCUCGUGUUGGAGGAGGUUGACAACCGUUUGGGAGAGCAUUUGGUUCCCAACUCACUCAUCAAGAUCAAGGAGAUGAUGAGAGGACCGGAGAGAGAGCAGUACGAUGCUCAGGGAGUCAAAGAGGUCAUGGGUGGGUUGGAUGUCUUCAUGAGGGGAAUCCCACAAGAGGAGUUCCGCAAGAUUGCCAGCGGGGAGAAGAGGCAUAAGUUGUAG